AUGGGAAUCCCCGGCCCAGACGGCGACCUCCAAGAUAUUGGCUACAACGGCAUGGUCAGCAUCGCCAACCCCACAAACCCGGAGUUCAUGACCCCCGAGAUCAUUGCCCUCCUCCCGCCAGAUUGCAAGGAGGCUCUUCUCGACGCUGCUGCCGCGGAGGUCGAGUGGAAGUCCAAGUGGGGCACGGAGUCGGAGAAUGGUCAGCGUGCGAAGCCUACUAAGAGCUAUGCCUGGUUCCCCUAA